GCCACUGCGGGUAGACUGCUGUUCCUCAGGAAGAGACGCUUAAGUGUUCCUUGUGGGUUUUCUGAGCUAAUGCAUUCAUCAUCUACGAAAACGCCAGUAGGGAACGGGCCAUCAAGUGGUAUAUAAAUGGCUCGACCAACUGUCGAGGAGUAUACCACACUUGUGAGAGAAACUUUAAAGACUACAUAGGCCUACACGUGUUUACUCGCGCCAUUCCGUACUCUACGAGAUCUCAGACUGAAGGAAUUGAAAUUAACAGAAAUUUGAAAUUUACUAGAACUGUAAUUUACAACAAGUGAUAUUUAUAAGGACUUUUUCCAGAAACAAACUACUGUGAAAUUCGCGCAAGAAUUAAGAAUUUAUUGACAAGAGAGGACAGACACCACCCAACGACGACAAGAUAUUUUUAAACAAGAGAUUAGACAUAUUUAAGAGACAAGAAGAUAGACUUUAUACCAGAGAGAGUUUACUCAAGAAUUAUCUAAGUUAUUCAUCUUCUGAUACAUUCUGUUUGGAGCCUUUUACUCCGCCUACUGUGAUACUGAUAUAAGAAUAACCACUGACACGAUCAACAAUGCAUACGAUGAGCUACAUCGUGUACUUCAUAAUUGCCGCCUUCUACUCUUACCUCGCCUCUUGCCGCCCUCUAGCGGAGACAUCCCACUUCCCAUCAUCCCACACGUUGGACUCGCGCUUACACAGACUCACUGAUGAUAACCAGGAGGACAUAGCUGCAGUGCAGAGGGCUUGGGAGACGUUGCAAAGUCAGAGAAACAGACUGAGAGACCAUAGGUUGCAUUCUGUCUCCCCUCAACUGAGCAACUCGAGGUUUGCAUGGAGACCAGUUCAAAGAAAAAGGCAACUUCCGGGGUCUAUGUCAGUAAAUCAAGAUUUAGGCGCAAUUGCUGGAAUGUUGAGGACCGCUUCCCAUAGGUGGCAGCAGCGACAGUUGCAAAAUAUCAAAGCUAAAUUGAACAGAAUCGGCAAAAGAGGAGACAUUGACGAAGCCAGCGGGCUGGAUCCCGUGGACAUUUUCAAUGGUGAUUUAGACACAGUAAGCAGCGCCAUGCAUGGCCCCGAUAGCAUAUUCUCGAACUGGAACUCCGCCCCCACGUUGUCCACUGAGGUCCGACAAAUGAAAGAAAAAUCCACCGCAGCUUUAAGGGGGCAUUUGCGAAACGGAGGCGAUCACAGCGAAACUGACAAACACGAACAAAAGCAAGAAGAUGAACAAAGUAGCAGCGGCAAUUCUGAAACACCCCAUGCGGCUAUGAAACACAGCCAUCAUUCUCAACGGAAUCCCAGGACAAGGGGAGCUCAAAGUAGUCAUUCGGCGCAGGGUUUAGCGAAACGCAGCUCUUCUCCGGUUGAGGCACUUCUAGCGAUGUUGAAACAGAGCAGCCCGGCUCAGAAACAAUUGAUACAAGAGAGAAUCCGCGUUCUCACAAAACGUCUGGAGACAGGGACGUCCGAUAGUGCAACAGGUACACAGCAGCCUAUCUUGACCCAGAGGCGACAGCUAUCGGUGAACGGAGCAUUACAUGCCAUUUCAGACAUGCUCAGUGCACACCGCGCCAGACAGCGCCUCACAGCGGAAGAAAGAUUACACAACUUAGGGUGAUUCUAUCAGAAUCCACAUCCAAACUGAUCAAUGAAAGGACAUGGCCGUUUUACUACUUUCCAUUUAACUUUACCUUUGGAAUCUGACAAAAAAAGGUUCUAGAAGGCAAAAUGCAUUCCAUAUGAGGGAACACCACAUCACAAGGUCGACUGUACAGAAGAUAAAACAUACAACAUCUGGAUGUAAAAUUACUUACAU